GCCUCCAGUAUUGAAUUGACACCAGGAAUCAGGGAGAUCAGGAGUACAGUAGCACUGAAUUUCCAGUAGCCAUCACUCCCAGAGUCCAGAGUCAGCGAGAGCGCUCGGCACGGCAAGCCGGCCAACCACCAUGGCCGCGGCGGCUCUCGCCCUCCUCCUGCUGGUCCUCCUCCCUGCCCACCAGGCCCUCGCCACGGCGGCCGGCGACGCGCACCCGGGCUACGCCGGCGCGGAGGCCGACACCUGCGGUGCGGCCCGCCACGGCCCGGCGCUGGAGGAGUACGGCGGCGGGCGCAUCUUGGACAUCACGCACGCGUACCGGCCGGCCAUGCCGGCGUUCGCGACCGGUGCGACGGUGGGGCCCCUGGUGCGGCUCAAGGCGUCCAUGGAGGAAGGGUCCGAGUACAACCUGUCGGAGCUCCGGAUGGAGUGCCACAUGGGCACCCACGUCGACGCGCCCGGCCACAUGAACCAGGAGCACUUCGCCGCCGGCCUCGACGUCGACAAGCUCGACCUCGACGUCCUCAACGGUCCUGCCUUGCUGAUCGAUGUUCCAAGACACACGAAUAUAACAGCUGAAGCAAUGAAAUCCCUAAAUAUACCGAAAGGUGUUCGUCGAGUUCUCUUCAGAACACUGAACACAGACAGGGGGCUCAUGUGGAAGCCAGCUGGUGACCUGAGCUAUGUUGGAUUUACAGAGGAUGGUGCACAGUGGUUAGCUGACAAUACCGACAUCAAGCUAGUCGGGAUUGACUAUAUAUCAGUUGCUUCGUUUGAUCACUUGAUCACUGCUCAUUUGGCCUUUUUCAAAAACGCGGAUAUCAUCAUAGUCGAAGCCCUGAAACUAGACAACGUCAACACUGGACUAUACAUGCUGCACUGCUUACCUCUAAGACUGGUUGGGGCCGAGGGUUCACCAAUUAGGUGCAUUCUUAUCAAGUGAUCACUUCGCUUCUGCUCUGGCUGAAGGCUGCGAUGUAUCGUACCCACAUAUGCUACAUCCUCGCUACUGUUCUCGGUGCACAGUUUCUGUAAAAAGAAAACGCCUCAUGUCACAUAUAUAUGUUUGUACUGUCAAAUCAACAAUGAAAAUUAGUAUUACUACAAGUCUGUGGUGCAAGACCAAACCUAUAGUGAAUUAGGGCAGCCUGCUUGCUCUGCCAAUGCUGUGUUGUGUGCCUGUAAUGGUGUGACCCAUGUUGAACCACAUGAACUGAGCAGUUUAUAAGUACAUUUUGCUCUCAGGUGAUUUCUGCAA